AUGCCGUCGGUGAUGGAGAAGCCCUCGGGGAUCCUGUCCCGCAGCCGCGCCAAGGCGGGGGGCGCCGCGGGACCCCCCCACUCCGAGGACGAGGCCAGCGAGGACGAGCACGCCCACGGUGUGACCCCCUCCCCAAAAAAUAAAAAAAAAACAACAAAACCCCCCCGCACCUGCGAGCCCCCCACCUGACCCCCCCAAACCCCCCCAGUGGACAGGUACAUCGCCAUGGCCAAGGACAAGCACGGCUACAACAUCGAGCAGGCGCUGGGCAUGCUGCUGUGGCACAAACACGACGUGGAGAAGUCCUUGGCCGACCUGGCCAACUUCACGCCCUUCCCGGACGAGUGGACGGUGGAGGACAAGGUUCUGUUCGAGCAGGCCUUCAGCUUCCACGGCAAGAGCUUCGCCCGCAUCCAGCAGAUGCUCCCGGACAAGCUGAUCCCCAGCCUGGUGAAGUAUUAUUACUCCUGGAAGAAAACGCGGAGCCGCACGAGCGUCAUGGACCGCCAGGCGCGGCGCCUGCUGGGCCGGCGCGACCGCGACGACAGGCAGGGACCCCAGAAAGGAUGUCCUAACCAACUCAAGCCGACCGAACCAAUUAACGACCGGGCACUAAUUAACGCGCCGGGCCGCUGUCAGGCGUGCUUCCCCAAGGCGGGCCCGCGCAAGGAGCCGCAGUACCGGCACCACCCCCCGGCGCGGCAGCGGCGCCGCCCCCCCCGCGGGAUGCGCCUGAGCCGCGAGGACGUGGCCGAGGUCACGGCCAACCCCGACCUGGGCGCGCGCGCCCUGCGCCAGCUCGACUGCCAGCUGGUGGCCCUCAAACGGCAGGUGCAGCGCAUCAAGCAGAUCAACAGCGGCCUCAGGCAGGCGCUGGACGGGGGCCUGGAGGGGCUGCGGCCGCCUGAGGGCAGCAGCAAGUUCAGCUCCCGCUGGACAACGGACGAGCAGCUGCUGGUGGUGCAGGCCCUGCGCCGCUACGGCCGCGAUUUCCCGGCGGUGGCGGCCGUGCUGGGGAACAAGACGGCGGCGCAGGUCCGGAGCUUCGUGCUGGGCCCCCGGCGCCGCCCGGGCCUCGAGCGGCUCCUGCAGGGCCAGGGGGAGCCCCCCGGGGAGCGCCCCGAGCCCCCCGAGGGCUGCGA